AUGGCAUCUCUACUACAAGAUGAAGAAGAAAUCUUCAAAGUCCCAGAGGACAUUGUGGAAUCUAACACUGAGCACAAAUACAAUGUAGUUAUCACCACCAUCACUGGACGAGAAUAUGAGAUAAAUAUCCUCUACAACAUGCUACAAAGAUCGUGGAGGCCAUCUGGCAACAUGGAGAUUCAUAGUUUUGGCAAGGAAAUAUACCUAAUACACUUUGAAUUAGGAUGCGAUUAUAAUACAGUCAUCACAAAGUCUCCUUGGGUACUUAAUGAAGAUCUGUUACUAUUGGAGAUAUGCAAUCCAGAAAAACUUCCGCAUGAAUAUGAAUUCAAAUAUGCAGAUUUUUCUAUUCAGAUUUAUGGACUCUCCAUGAGUAACCAGAAGAUAAAAAUGGUGGAGUUCAUUGCAUCAAAGAUUGGUGUUCCUUAUCCUAUCAACCCGUCAGAACAAGCUAAAUGGGGAGGCUUUGCAAGAGUAAGAGUCAAAAUAGAUAUAACCCAACCAAUCAGACAAGAGUUGACAUUCACACUUCCAUCCAAAAAGAAGUGCACUGUCAGUUUAAGGUAUGAAAGACUUCCAAGGGUUUGUUUCUUUUGUUGCAGAUUUGGGCACAUCAUGAAACAAUGCCCGGAAUUAUCAAAAGAAUGUGAAAAGCUAGGUUUUUUUUCUCCGGAAACUUUCAUGGAGAAGAUGCAAGACAUAAAACUAUCCAGGAUUACUGAGGAAGUUAAUGCAAACUUUAAACCUAAAAUUCUUCAGUCAAGACAACCAGCAAGAACAAACCCAGAAGUUCCAAAAACCAGUAAUGACCCUGACAAAGAAAAAGUAACAACCCCCACAUCUCAGCCAACAAUCCAGCAAAAUAAAAAACAUACCUUUCCUAGCUCCACCAAAAAUUCUUCAACAGUACCAGAUCCCCCAAGAAAUUAG